AUGGAUGUGCUGCUGUUGACCCUCCCUCGGGAACUGCUUGCCAUCUUUCUUCCCGCCUGUGUGCCCGCGAACUGCACACUGCACAACCGGCCCACCCACAAAAAGCCGGUGUGCCAAAGCGCACCAUGCGAGUAUCCUGAGCUCGGCAGCAAGCCCAUUACGUAUCUGAGCCACGAAACCACAUGGAAGGAAGCCGCUGCAGCUGCAAGUUCGACUUGUCGUUUGCCUCUUCCCUUCGUCGCCGACGCGCUGGCCGGCACCUGGUUGCUCCGCUGCCAGAUUCACGACCAGCGGGCUCCUCAUCGAAAACUCAGGAGAGGAACACUCGGAGACCCGGCCCCGCUGCGGAGGCGCGGAAUGAUGAGGUGCGCCGAGACGAAAUGA